AUGCUGGAGGGGAUAGCGCAGGUGGGCCUGGACCCGCAGCAGGGGGCGCAGCAGCAGCAGCAGGGGGAGCCCAUGUUUGGGCUGGAGAAGGUGCCCUACCAGCCCAAGGGACUCAAGCAAAUGGUGGUGUGCAACGACGUCGUCGCCAUGGCCCUCAGCAACGGACACAUCAUCCGCCUGCGCCUGGACGCCCCCGACGACCUCGAAGGCACCUCUCCCUCCCUCCCCCUCUCGCUGCUCGCUGCUUCCACGUGCCGGGCGCGUGGCCAGGACAUUGAGUUUGCGCGUAGGAAGGAGGACCAGAUCCACAGCAUCUUCCUGGACCCCACGGGCAACAGCCUCAUCAUCUCCAUGGAGAACAAGGAGAACUGCAGGGCCUUGGCGUGGGACACACACAACACGGAUCCGUCCAACACGGGGGAGAUCCUCAUCGGAUCGCGGGACGGCCGCAUCUUCGAGACGGCAGUCGAGGCCAAGGACAAGCUCUUCGUGGAGGGCAAGGAGAAGUACUUCAAGCCCAUCUACGCCCUCGGCGAGGACCAGCCGGUGCUGGGCCUGCGCUACGAACGGUUCCCUCCGUCUCGCGUCGAAGGCCCCAAGUUCUUCGUCAUGGCCGCCACCGGUACGCGUCUGUACCAGUUCAUCGGGGGGCCGACGUUCGAGGCGGUGUUCGGGGGCUACGAGCGGAAUCCGGCGUUCCUGGAGCUGCCGGGGGAGCAGGCGGGGCGUCGUGCGGAGAGCAACAUCAGCUUCUUCAGCAAGUACCAGGGGGUGGCCAAGUCGUUCGCGUGGCUGACGGGUCCGGGGAUCUACCACGGGAGCCUGGUGUUCGGGUCGCAGAACCCGGGGGACUCGGUGAUGGCGGACACGCAGCUGCUGCCCUACCCGUGGUGCGACGAGGCGCGGCAGCGGCGCCUGGGCUCGCCGCUGUCGCUGGUGCUGUCCGAGUUCCACUUCCUGCUGCUCUACGAGGACCGGUUCGUGGCCGUCUCGCAGCUAGACAACACCGUCGCCCACGAGGAGAGCCUCGGGCGCGGGUCGCGCGGGUCGCGCAUGCGGGGCCUCGUGCUCGACCCGACCAAGGCGGCGCUGUGGGCCUACGCCGAGGACGCCAUCUACCAGCUCUUCGCCGUCGACGAGGACCGCCACGUGUGGCGCAAGUACCUCGAGAAGGGCCUCUUCGAGGAGGCCCUCCGCUACUGCAAGCUGCCCGGCCAGCGCGACCAGGUGCUCCUCGGCCAGGCCGAGUACUACCUCCAGGCCAAGCGAUACGAGUCCGCCGCGCGCGCCUUCGCCAAGACCACCGCCCCCUUCGAGGAGGUCGCCCUCCGCUUCAUCGCCCUCGGCGAGAAGGACGCCCUCAAGGCCUUCCUCACCACACGCCUCGCCCUCCUGCCCCCGCACGCCCUCAUGCAGCGCACCGCCCUCGCCGCCUGGAUCGUCGAACAGUACCUCGCACGCCUCAACCAGCUACGCGAGGCACGCCUCCACGACCAGCACGCCAUGCUCCUCGACGAACUACGGUACUUUGCGGCGGCGGUGGGGGACGAUGCACGCGUGCUGCGGGACCUGGUGCGCGGGGGCGAGUGGGCCAACGCGCUGGAGGUGCUGGCGCGCGCCAAUUCCGGGGAGCUCUACUACCAGUUCUCCCCCACCCUCAUGGCCCACGUGCCGCGCCCCACCGUCGACGCCUGGAUCAGCUCCCGCACGCCCCUCCAGCCCCGCAAGCUCCUCCCCGCCCUCAUGCGCUACCAGCCCUCUCCCGCCCAGGCACGCACCCCCACCCCCACCACAUUGCCCCCCACAUUCCCCACAUUCCCCACUUCUUGCGAGCAGACUGGUUCCAACGAGUCCAUCCGGUACCUGGAGCACUGCAUCCAGAAGGGCAACAACCAGGACCCGGCUAUCCACAACUACCUCCUCUCCCUGUACGCCCAGCAGGGGAGCGAGGAGGCGCUGCUGGGGUUCCUGCAGCGGGAGGAGGCGGUGUUCGAUCUGCGGUACGCGCUGCGGCUGGCGCUGCGGCACGAGAAGAGGCGCGCGUGCGUGGACAUCUACUCGGCGAUGGGGCUGCACGAGGAGGCGGUGGACCUGGCCAUCCGGCUGGACGUGAACCUGGCCAAGGCGCACGCGAACCGGCCGCAGGACGACGAGGUGCGCAAGAAGCUGUGGCUGCGGAUCGCGCGGCACGUGGUGGAGGAGGACCAGGACAUCAAGAAGGCCAUGGCCUUCCUCAAGGACUGCGAGCUGCUCAAGAUCGAGGACAUCCUGCCCUUCUUCCCGGACUUUGUGCUGAUCGACGACUUCAAGGAGGAGAUCUGCGGUUCGCUCGAGGAGUACAACCGGCACAUCGAGGACCUCAAGCACGAGAUGGACGACGCCACCCACAGUGCCGACCUCAUCCGCCUCGACAUCAAGCAGCUGCGCUCCAAGUGCGGCUUCGUCGCCGGCAACCAGAAGUGCGACCUGUGCGCCUACCCGGUGCUCUCCCGCCAGUUCUACCUCUUCCCGUGCCAGCACACCUUCCACGCCGACUGCCUGGCCCGCGAGAUGACCCGCCACCUCACCGACGCCCAGCGCCUCCGCCUCCGCGAACUACAGCUCCUCGUCGCCGAACACUCACGCGCCCCCGCGCCGCGCCCCAAGUCCUCCGUCCCCGCCCCCGCCGGCGACGCCCCCGCCACCGCCACCGCAGCCAAGGCCGACAUCGACCUCCUCGCCCCCAUCCAGACCGAACAGCUCAAGAACGAGCUGGACGACCUCGUGGCGUCGCAGUGCAUCACCUGCGGCAAGCUGACCAUCGACUCGAUCACGCGGCCCUUCAUCGACGUGCGCGACCAGGACCUGGUGAAGAGCUGGUUCAUCUGA